CCCAGCUCCGGUCCCUGCCCCGUCGCCGCUGUGUCUGGCAGCCGACGGCCCGUGCUGUCUGCCCAACGCCGCACCGCCGCCAGCGGCUUGUCUCGCAACCACCACACCUGCCGCGCUCACGCCGCGGACCUCGCAGCUCCAGACUCUCAAGCGCCGCCCACCCAUCCCCUUCGCCGCGAACGACACCGACCUGCGCUCGGGCUCUCCAACACCGCAGCGCGCCGCCUCGCCCGCCAGUCCUCAGCCCGCCAGUCCUGGCGCUACCGUCCGCGCGCCAAGGCAGCAGUCCCCUCUGCCUCCAAAGAGCAGCGACGCCAGGCCGCUCGCGGGCCGCGGCCUGCCGAGCGCCGCCGCGCACCCGGCUGCCCCACUGCUGGCCAAGCACAGCGCUCCGCCGGCGCUUUCCGGCGCUGCAGCUGCGUCUGCCGGCGGCAUGUUCGGCGCUGGCGGCGGCGCCAACAUGCGUGCGGCCGCAGCGCCACUGCCCUCUCCGACGUCGGCCACAGCCGUGCUGCAGCAGGCACGCCAGGCGUCGGCGUCGGGCAUGUCGGACACGAGCCAGUCGGGCGGCGCGGCCCUUGCGCAGCUGGGACACUACCAACUCGGAGACUGCCUGGGCAGAGGCGCGUUCGGCAGUGUCUUUCGCGGCUUGAACUGGAUCACGGGCGAGACAGUGGCCGUCAAGCAGAUCCGGCUGGGCAACAUUCCUGCGAGUGAGCUGGGCGAGAUCAUGUCCGAGAUCGAUCUGCUGCGAUGCCUGAACCACCCGAACAUCGUCAAGUACAAGGGCUCGGAGAAGACGCGCGACUAUCUCUACAUCAUCCUCGAGUACUGCGAGAACGGCUCGCUGCAGCACAUCUGCAAGCGCUUCGGCAAGUUCCCCGAGGGCCUCGUGGGCGUGUACGUGAGCCAGAUGCUAGAGGGUCUGCUGUACCUGCACGACCAAGGUGUGAUCCAUCGCGACAUCAAGGGCGCCAACAUCCUCACCACCAAGGACGGCAGCGUCAAGCUGGCCGACUUUGGCGUGGCGACGCGCACGGGCGCCAUGGCCGACUACGCCGUCGUCGGCAGCCCGUACUGGAUGGCGCCCGAGGUGAUUGACCAGUCCGGUGCCAGUACGGCCAGCGACAUCUGGAGCGUCGGCUGCGUCGUCAUUGAGCUGCUCGAGGGCAAGCCGCCGUACCACCAGCUCGACCCAAUGCCUGCGCUCUUCCGCAUCGUGCAGGACGACUGCCCGCCGCUGCCCGAGAGCGCCAGUCCGGUCGUCAAGGACUUUCUGAUGCUGUGCUUCCAGAAGGACGCGAACCUGCGUGUGUCGGCGCGCAAGCUGCUGCGCCACCCGUGGAUGAUGAACUCGCGGCGACAGCUGGAAGGCAUGCACAAGGGCGGCUCGCUGCGCGGACAAGGCACGGCGACGGUGUAUGACGAGGCCGUCAAGAGCGUGCAGGAGUGGAACGAGGCGCUGCGUGAUCCGCCUGGCCCGCUUGCUCCUCGCGGCCCCGUCGCUGAUGCUUCGACCAUCAAGCCCGCAUCGCUCGCGCCUCCUGGCGGCCCACUCGGCGCCGGACGCUGGCCUACCUCUGCGGACCAGACGGACGCAUCGCUGGCGCCCCACCAGCGCACGCCGACGCGCCGCACCGCGCGCUCUGUCAGCCGGCCGCUGCCUGCUGGCAUGACUUCCGACAACACCACCCUGCCUGCUCCUUCGCGCAGCACAGACCCGGACAGCACGCCGAAGAGCAGCGACGCGCCCUUCACGGGCCUGCUGGUCAGCCUCGGCUCGCCAAAGACAAACGUGGUGCCGGUGCUGCCGCCGCUGCACGCUGCGCCGCUGCUGGAGCAGCGCAAGGCGCUCAUGCCCGAGGCAACAGACGACAACUGGGACGAUGACUUUGAGGAGGGCAUCUCCUCGACGAAGAUCAGCUCCUUCGACAAGCCCGAAGAGCGCAUGCCAAAGGCCGAGGCAAAGGCAGAUGCAAAGACGAAGGCAGAGGCGCGGCGUGUUGAAGCUAAGCCUGCUGCGUCGCCUGCGCUCGAUGCCGCAGACUUUGACCUGGCGGAGAGCAACGAGGACAACUUCAUGACGAUCAAGCCGCGGAAGCGCGACAGCUCGCCAGCGUCGCCGCCGAGGAGACCCCUCGCCGGGCCGAGCGGCCGCUCGUCCACGGCGGCCAAAUCACCGCGUGCUGCGGCGGCCGUCCUGCCGAAGCUCGACGAGAGCAGUGCCUCCGCCGACGUCGAGGACUACUCAGACCUCGUCUCUGACGACGAGGAAAACCACCUCGACGAGCGCAUCCGCAAGCUGCAGGCGCAGCACAGUGUCGGCCGACGGCUUUUCCACCCCAAUGACCUCAAGGCAUUAAGCUCUGCUGGCAGCUCGUCGUCGGGCGCUCCAGCCCUGGGCCGUCGUGGCAGUUCCGGCAGCGAUCGCUCGCCCGGUGGCACGAUGCGACCGGUACGACAGCUGUCGUCGCCCAGCAUCGCCGCGAUCCGCGACCGUCCAGACAGCCCGAUGUCCUCGCUCAGCCCGCCAGGCAGCGUCAAGCUCAGCGACGAGAAGUGGAAGUCGGUGCGGCGCACGCUGAGCAAGUACAGCGAGGGCGGUGGCGAGGACUACUCGGAUCUCUUCGGCAAGACUGGGACGAGCGAAGGCUCGUCCUCCGCGACGCCAACGCUGCAGCUCACCACCCGCCUGUCGAACCGCUCGUGGCUCGGCGACGACGAGGACGAUGACGAUCCUUUCGCUGAGAUUGACGGCGAGCUGGCGGACCAGGCCGAUCUAGAGUCGAACCUCGCGCGCGACAAGCACGCGCGGAAUGCUGCCGAGGUCACCAAGCUCGUUGAUGCCUUGCAGGAUGCGAGCAUCGGCGAGGAGGAGCUCAUCGAGACGUGCUACCAGCUCGAGCUGUACAUGACGCAGGUGCCCGAGAUGAAGGCCGUCAUCCUGUCUGCGCACGGUGCUCUCGCCAUCGUGCAGCUGCUUGAGCUGUCGCGCGCCGACGCCGUGACCUUUGAGCUGCUAGGCCUGCUCAACAUUCUCAUCUACGAUGAGAGCUCAGCACAAGAGACGCUGUGCCUUAUCGGCGCCAUUCCCGUUGUCAUGGCGCUCACAGCCAAGAAGCACUCGCCCGACGUGCGCCUCGAGGCCGCGCACUUCAUCUACUGCAUGUGCGACAGCUCGAGCCUGACGCUGCAGUUCGUGCUGUCGUGUCGCGGCCUCAAGACGCUCGUCGGCCUCAUCGACGAGGACUACGCGGAGGAGAAGGCACUCGUCUGCCUGGGCAUUGCCUGCGUCAACAGCGUGCUGGGCCUGCAGAGCCAGGCCUCGCGCAACGACUUCUGCCGCAUGCUCGCGCAGGAGGGCCUGAUGGAGCCGCUGUCCGAGGUGCUGGCGCAGGUCAUCGAGGACGACGCGGAGCCCGACGAGGAGACACCCGACUACGUCCUUGCCGCCAAGGACCGCAUCCUGCAGAUCUUCAUCAUCUUCUCGAGCUCGACGCGCGGCUCGUGGCUCAAGGAGCGCGUGGCCACGCGCGGCGUGCUGCGGCGCAUGAUGCAGGCCUGCCACGAUCUCGAUCCAAAGUCGCUCACGCUGAUGCUCAAGAGCAUCAAGAGCCUCUCGAUGAGCCCGCCGAUCCUCGACGAGCUGCAGAACGCCAACACCAUCGAGGCGCUGACGCGCGUGCUGGCGCAGCACCACGACGGCCCGUGGGGCAACGAGGUCAGCAACCAGGUCCUCAACACGAUGUACAACCUCUGCCGUCUCAACAAGUCGCGCCAGGAGGAGGCUGCGCAGGCGGGCAUCAUCCCGGAGCUGCUGCGCAUUGUGCGCAACAAGUCGCACCUCAAGCAGUUCGCCCUGCCGAUCCUGUGCGACUUCGCGCACGCCAAGGUCACGCGCAAGCUGAUGAACCAGCACGGCGGCAUCGACUUCUACCUCGAUCUCCUCGAGGACCCGGCGUGGCGCGCGCAGGCCCUCGACGCCGUGUACGUCUGGCUGCAGGAGGACUCGCGCGUCGAGGCUGCGCUGCUGCGUCCCGAGUCAACGGCGGCCAUUCUCAGCGUCUUCACCACGACGGCGACGGCCAGCAGCUUCGAGAACCUCCUAGCGCCCUUCACGGGCAUUCUGCGUCUCUCGCCGAGCGUGGCACUGGCCGUCGGCACGAGCGCCAACUUCCUCAAGCGCCUCAUCAAGCGCCUCGGCCACGCCAAGGCCGUCGUGCGCCUCAACCUGCUGCGCAUCACGAAGCUGGUCUGCGACGCGCACCCCGACGGCCAGAGCUUCAUCGCGCAGUACAAGCUGCUCGAGAUCAUCGAGCGCCUCUCUCGCGACGACGGCGCCGUCCUCGUGCGCGAGCUGGCGCGCGACAUUCUCGAGCAGCUGCGCGCCGCGCCCGACCAGGCGCGCUCUGUGCGUCGCACUGCAAGCGAGACGCACAUCGGCUCGCCGUCGGCGGCGAGCACCGUGCGUCGAGCCGUGCGGCCGCCAGUCGACCCCACCUCGGGCCGCGCCUCGCCGGCGCGCUCCGGCGCCAGCCUCGUCCGCCGUCAGACGUCGCGCGCGCACCACGGCGCCGCCGACACCCCAAGCUAACGCUCCGCUGCCGGACGGUCGUGAGCAUCCCGCCUUCCUUUUCCGCUUCUCGUCCCGUUCCCAUGCGCACCCCACAUCGUCUCGUCAUCAUCACCAUCACCAUCAUCACCCGAGGCCACCCGCAGCAGCACGCGCUCUGCACUCAUGACAUGCAUGCUUCCAGUCUCGACGUCUAUCGCUGCGCUCAGUCGCCCGGGGUGCUGAUGGAAAAGUCGUGAGGC